GGGGGGUUUUGCGUGCUUUGCGGACGAGACAGAUUGAACUCUGAACUGCGUCUUCUGAUUGAAAGGCGACAUUUCGUGGCUCCUGCAGCUUUUCCCGCAACCACACAGCUUUCGCUGGAGCCUGGAUCCGCCGCUCAGUGUAGAGAGACGGCAGAAGAGCAGGGGGUGGGGGGGGUGGGGUGGGAAAGAGAAUAUUGCUAUCCAUCCCUAGCCCCCACAGCCCACCCUCAGCUUUGGACGCCCCUCCUCACUCCCUGUUCUUUUUGACACCACCCCCCCCCCCCUCUCCCCCUCCCCCCCUCCUCCCGUGCCCCCUCCCACCCCUCCUCACUACACGUCACCCACCAACAGAGCAGAAAGCGUGAAAAAUCUCACUAAUGGGUUUAUUUGCUGUCAGAUCGGCGCCGAUCUGUCAUUCCCUUGGACCGUUGGUUUCAUAGCCGAGUAAAGUAAGCCCCCCCCCCCCCCCCAGCGCUCCGGGCCGGAGGCAACAGUGGCCCCCGCAACGUCGUGCUGGCCGAGAGCUCAUCAAGAGGGGAGCAACAUUGGCAGCAGUCAUUCUGACAGUCUCUUGGACAGGGAGUCCCUGAAGCUUGCAUUCCUCCACUCUCCUCCACACCCCCCCCCCCCCCACCACCCCCCUCCCCACCACCCUCCCAUUUGGGAUUCUGUGUUUGUGAACUUUGUGGGCAUCCUCGUUUUUUCUGUCCAACCCUUAGACGGGCCGAGUCCUCCACCCAAGGUCCAGGCCGUGUUUCUGCAGGGACUCGAAGCCAGUGUGAAGAUGUGGUGCGGGGCUGGGCCUCUGGCCGUGGUGGCUGCCCUGUUUUGGACUCAAUGUGUCCUCCUGGACGGGGUGGAUGCCAAGAAAGAGAGAAAGAAGCCAAAGGAGGCCACGCCACAACACACAGAGACCUACAAUGCUACUUUUUCCAACAGCGAAGAGGUCGGCGGAAGCGUCAAGGUUCCUGAAAACCAGCGAGUGGAUCCGUUGGGAUCGUGGAUGGACUUUGUCAAAAGGCCGGUCGGCAACUUCCCCGCAAAGUGUCGCAAAAGGAAACGACCCCUGCCGGGCCCACCUGGUCCCCCGGGUCCUCCUGGCCCCCAGGGACCUCCUGGCUCUCCUGGAGCUGAAGUGACCCCAGAAGUUCUUCUCCAGGACUUCAAAGAUAUGAUUAAAGAGGCUACAGAGAGGAGAGCUGCAGCCCUGGACAGACAAACCAGCCCCAGCCAGCAACCCACGGCUCUCCUCACCCUGGAGGGGAUGACCUCCUACCGGCGAAUAGAGGAGGCUUUUCACUGCAAGCUCAGGGGACCCGCGGUGGUCGACAAGAAGACUCUGGUGGAGCUCCAGAACUUUCAGACGCCACCAGCUAAAGGAGCCUUCCUCCGAGGGUCAGGAAUGGACCAGUCCACGGGGAGAUUCACGGCCCCCAUCACGGGGAUCUACCAGUUCUCUGCCAAUGUCCACAUUGACCACAAUGAGGUGAAGAGGAGCAAGAGUCAGCUCAAGGCCAGAGACAAUGUCCGGGUGCUGAUCUGCAUCGAAUCCCUCUGCCACAGAUACACCUCCCUGGAGAUGAUUGUUGGGUUAGAAAGUAACAGCAAGAUAUUCACCGUCAGCGUGCAGGGGCUGCUGGAGCUACAGGCCGGCCAGUACACCUCCAUAUUUGUGGACAACGCAGCAGGCGCUUCCAUCACAAUACAGAACGGAUCCGAUUUCAUGGGUAUGCUGCUUGGUGUGUAGACUCACCCACCAACGGGGGGGGGGGGGGGGGGCAUCGCACGAGCCGUCCGCUGCCUUUUCUUUCUUCCUCUUUUUUUUUUUCCCCAAUGGAUCGCUUUUGAGCCCCACCCGACACCACCAAACCACAGGGGAGGUUUAAAGAAAGGGAAUAAGGCCGACAUGGGACCUGACCGCUUGCCGCACAGGGACAGCGUGAAUGAGUCAAGAGUUUGUCUUUGAUCAGUGCAUCACUGACACUUUGGAGGCCUGUUGCUUCAACAACCAAAAAUAACCCUAAAUAAAGCCGUGAAUAUGUCUGUUACAGUAAAUCUGUUUGAGUUUGUUAAAGACCUUUUCAGUAAACCAAAUAUCAUUUUUUUUGUUAUUGUGUUCUCCAAAUGGACAUUGGAAGAUGCUAUGAGACAAGAAAAAGGUGCAUUUGUGUGUGUUGAUCUAUACUGAGUUAAAUGGUUUGUUGUCUAAAUGAUCUAUUAUGUACACUCUCAUUGUCUCCACUUGCAUUGUUAUCAUGGAUGGAAUCUCACAUUUAUAAAUGGUGUAUGGUACAUAGACUGUGAGCACACUGGACAAUGGAAGCCGGCUCAAUAGAGGGAAAACAGCAUCACAAGACAUUGUCCCACUUAUAUAAUUAUAUUUUUGCAGUGCAUUUAUUUUAGCUAUGCUUGGGGGGGGGGGGGGGG